UGUUGACCUUUCCUGAGGGGUGGCCAGUAAGGGAGAGUCCACUAGCUGUAAUUUGUGUCCCGCUUUAAUUCCUUCACCAUUGACCAGCUCAGACGAUGAGUACACUCGGAGAAAAGAGAUGAUCGAGGAGCUCGAUGUAAAGUAUGAACAGUUGAGCAAGUCACGACGGACAGGCUGGUCCACAAACACACCGAAUGGGGGGAGCACUGAGCCAUGGGAGGGGGGUGCUCCAGGCACCGCCCAACGACUAUCGAUGGAUGAGAUUCGCCGUGAACAGCAAGAAAUGAUCACUGAGCAAGACCAAGGACUGGAGAACCUGUCCAAGGCUCUGCGUAGACAAGCCGAGAUGGGGCUGGCCAUGCAGGGCGAAAUUACUGAGCACAAUGCCCUGAUUGACGAGAUAGAUGGUGCUGCCACCAAGACUGAUGACAAGAUACGCUUCCACACACGGAGGGUGGAGGAGGUACGGAGAAAAGACAGCUGCAAGUGCACUUGUGCUCUGGUGUCCACCAUUCUCCUGCUGUUACUGGCCAUUAUUGUCAUUGCAGCCGUACCCUACGGGGAAAGGGAUAGCUCAAUCGAACAUUGUCUGUGUUUGUGUGUGCCAUUAUAAGUUAAAUGUUCACUCUUAUUGUGUUUAUCCAUGUCAAUUACAGUGUUGAUGUAGAUCUAAUGGA